AAUCACGUCGGGCUCCAUGAUUUGCAUUGGAUUUACGUUACAUAUGAAGAAGUGAAGUUUGUGCAAUAUCACAAUGCACCCUGGUCAGGAUUACUAUGGUGGACAGAGGAUGCCAGGUCCUCCCAGGCCAUACUCGGGUCCUCCACCACCAGCCGGGUCACAAAUGCCUCCCUUUGGCAGUCCUCCAGAGUACUACCCACCCUCCAGGUCAUAUCCCCCACCACCGCCGCACCCUGGCCCCUAUUACCCUCCUCAUCCAAUGAACGGACCGCCGCCGGGGGUGCCGGGCGUUCCACCACCGUAUGGACCGCCUCCCUUUGGCCCUCCACCAGCCUGUGAUCCCUACCGGCCCAUGUACCCGCCUCCUCGCUGGGGUGCGCCGCCGCCUCCAGGGCCUCCCCCGCCCCCGCCCCCGCCGCCGCCCGGUGAGCGGCCGCCGAGUCGGCAGCAGAGGGAGCCACCUCGGGACGGCCGGGCGUCGGACCAGCCGCCAGGCCCGGAGAGGGACCGCGACCGAACCCGAGAUCGAGACCGAGACCGAGACCGAGACCGAGACCGGGACCGGGACCGAGACCGAGACCGAGACCGGGACCGGGACAGAGACAGAGAGCGGGACAGAGACAGAGACAGAGCUCGAGACGGAGAGGGGGAGCGGAGUCGGGACCGGAUGGACGGUGGCCGCGACCGGCGCCGUGUGGACGAUCGGCGAGGGACCGGCGGUGGCAGGCCAUGGGAGCGUCCACAGGACGGCAGGUCGAGCCGAUCCGAGUCGUACCGGCGAGAUCGCGGCGACGCCGAGCCGCGACGGGAGAGGGACGACCGCGUCAGACGGGAGGAGAGCCAGUCGCGCCGGCGGGACGAGUGCCGUCCGCAGCGGGAGAGGGAGCGGGAGCCGCGUCCUCGCCGUGGAGAGGAGGACCGCCGUGACCGGGAGCGCAGUGAGAGCGCCCGCCCGCGGGGCGCCGAGGACCGCAGACCGGACGGCCGCCGGCGGGACGACCGGUCUCCGCCACCGAAACGGCGCCGCCCCGACGAGGGUCGGCCGGACGGGGAGAGGACGCGCCCCAGGCGGGAGGAAGAGCGCGGAGGGCGGCGACGUGAGGAAAACCGCCGGCCGAAGAAGGCGCCGGGAAUCGGCAGCCAGCCGCCGACGGACCCCGACCUGCUGCCGGACAGCACCGAGAGAGACAAGCGGUUUGAAGAGGAGGAGCGGCAGCUGCAGGAGAAGCGCGAAAUGAUCCGCGCCGCUCUGGAGGAGGAGGAGAAGAUCUGGACACGCUCCUCGCCGGCCGAGCUCUACUAUCAGCGGCAGGCCGAAGACGGCCGCGUGACGGAGGCCACGGAGCGGACCCGCGCCCAGUGUGCCGGGUUCCGGCACGAGCUGGCCGAGCGGGCCGACCGGGUGCGCGCCGAACUGCCGCCCGUCGAGCUGCCGCCGCUCAGCGCAAAGUGCCACGUCCACAACUGCGGUGGCAGUGAGAGCGACGACAGCUCUUCGAGCGGCUCCGAGAGCGAGGACGAGACUGUGCUGCUCAAUGAGGAACUGGACCGCAAGAGCCGCCACCCGUACCGGCUGCACCCGGAGCUCUGGUACAACGACGCCGGAAAGAUGAACGUGGGCGAUGUGUGCCGGUGCAGCAUUAAGUCGCGCCAGGCCGGUAUCCGACACAACAUCUACGUGGGCGAGGAGCCGGUACCGCGCUGUGACCCGUGGACCAACAACGGCGACAAACUCUUCCACUACCGCGUGCUCAUCUGUCCGCCCACCAACUUCCUGGUUGGUAAACCGACCAGCAUCCACCACGACGGGCACGAGUUCAUCUUCGAGGGCCUCUCGCUGCUGUCGCACUACAAGCUGACGGAGCUGCCGCCGUGCCACAUCAUCCGCUUCAACAUCGAGUACACGGUGCUGUACGUGGAGGAGAAGCUGCCCGAUAACUUCGUGCUGGAGGAGGUCGAGCUCUUCAAGAGUUUUCUGUACGACAGCCUGCUGGAGAUGGCCGACCUGGACCUGUACCCGCACGCCGACAAGGACAAGACCGGCUGUCCCGUGUUCCACCUGUUCCCCAGAUUCGUCAGGGACAUCGCAGACAACGGGAAGGAGAUUCUCUCCCUGAACGAGGUGCUGUCCUACCUGCUGAAGAGCGACGGCCCGCUGGUGGACGAACACGAGCUGGCCGAGAUCGCCGCCAUGGAGCAGUGGCAGUGGCAGGCGCGCGCCGACCUCGUCAGAGGGAUGCUGGUGACCCACCCGGGCCGUAAGCCGGCCUGUAUCCGCCUGGACCAGCUGGACAGAGAGGUGCUGCCGGGCGGAGAGAAGCCGGCAGAGGGCGAGCUGCAUUUCCCGGAGAUCGUCCACUUCGGCAUCCGGCCGCCACAGCUCAGCUACGCCGGCAACCCCGAGUACCAGAAGGCGUGGCGCGACUACGUCAAGUACCGCCACCUGCUCGCCAACCUGCCCAAGCCGUCGAUGGAGGAUAAGCGGAAGCUGUCGGUGAAGGAGGACCAGCUGCAGACGCUCCGGCUGCAGGCCAAGCUAAAGCGGGACGUCACCGUCGCCGUCUCCAGCAAGGGCUUCCGCAAGACGGGCCUGAUGUCAGAUGUGGUGCAGCACGCGCUGUUCCUGCCGGUGCUGAUGUGCCACCUGCGGUUCCACAAGUCGCUGGACAUUCUGGAGCAGACCAUCGACUACAAGUUCCAGAACCGGUCGCUGCUGCAGCUGGCGCUCACACACCCCAGCUACAGGGAGAACCACGGCACCAACCCGGACCACUCGCGUAACUCGCUGUCCAACUGCGGUAUCCGUCAGCCCGAGUACGGAGACCGGUGCAUCAACUACACCGCGUCCAGGAAACGGGGUCUGAACAUCCUGAUCAACAUCAUGUCUCAGUUCGGGAAGAAGGAGGCGACAGAGAGUCGGAUCACGCACAACGAGCGACUCGAGUUUCUCGGCGACGCCGUGGUCGAGUUCCUCACCUCCAUCCACCUGUUCUUCAUGUUUCCCGACCUCGAGGAGGGUGGACUGGCCACCUACAGAGCUGCGAUCGUACAGAACCAGCACCUGGCUGUGCUGGCGCGCCACCUGCGUCUGCACGAGUACCUGCUGUACGCGCACGGCUCGGACCUGUGCCACGACCUGGAGCUGCGACACGCCAUGGCCAACUGUUUCGAGGCGCUCAUGGGAGCGCUGUUCCUGGACGCCGGCAUCGAGGUGGCCGAUAAGGUGUUCUCCCGCACCUUGUACAUUGACGACGACCGUCUGCUGAGCAUCUGGCAGCACUACCCGCCGCACCCGCUGCAGGAGCAGGAGCCGCAGGGCGACAGGAAGUGGAUCGACAAGUUCCCGCGGCUCCAGCAAAUGCGCGAGUUUGAGAAGCAGGUGGGCGUCGAGUUCAUGCACAUCCGGCUGCUGGCGCGCUCGUUCACCGACCGCAGCAUCGGCUUCAACAACCUGACGCUGGGCUCCAACCAGCGGCUGGAGUUUCUGGGGGAUACCGUGCUGCAGCUGAUCGCCUCCGAGUACCUGUAUCGGCACUUCCCCGAGCACCACGAGGGACACCUCUCGCUGCUGCGCUCCUCGCUGGUCAACAACCGCACCCAGGCGGUGGUGUGCACCGACCUGGGCAUGACAAAGUACGCCGCGUACAGCCACCUCAAGUCGGAGAUCAAGAUGAAGGACAAGGCCGACCUGCUGGAAGCCUUCAUCGGCGCACUCUACGUCGACAAGGGCCUGGAGUUUUGCCGCAAGUUUUGCGAGGUGUGCUUCUUCCCUCGGCUGCAGCUGUUCAUCCUGAACCAGGACUGGAACGACCCCAAGUCGAAGCUGCAGCAGUGCUGCCUGACUCUGCGCAACAUGGACGGCUCCGAGCCAGACAUUCCCGUCUACAAGGUGAUCGAGUGCAUGGGCCCGACCAACACGCGCGUCUACUCGGUGGCCGUCUACUUCCAAGGCCGGCGGCUAGCCAAGGCGUCCGGACACAGCAUCCAGAUGGCAGAGAUGAACGCCGCCACACAGGCACUGGCCAACUGCAAACACUUGUUCCCGCAGUUGGACCACCAGAACCGUGUGAUCGCCAAGAACAUCCGCAUCCAGACCAAGCGUCUUGAGGAGCAGCAGGCCGGAGACUCGGCCGACCCCCGAUCCCAGUCGCGCGGAGAGUCGCGAGGCAGCGACGCCGAAGGCAGGUCACGAGAGUCGCGAGGCUGCGACGCCGAAGGCAGGUCCCGAGAGUCGCGGGGUAGCGAUGCCGAAGGCAGGUCCCGAGAGUCGCGAGGUAGCGACGCCGAAGGCAGGUCCCAAUCGCGCGGAGAGUCCAGGGCUGGCGACACCGAGAGUAGGUCACAAUCGCGCGAGGUUAGAGCGUUCAGUGAUGACGUGAGGUCACUACGAAGUGACACGGAUGAUCAAAAGUCACCCAUCCGUGAUUCACGGAAGGAUGAUGACGAUUACCCCGAGUCCCCCAUUCAUGAAUCACGAAAAGAUUCUGUUGAUUCCGGGUCCAACACUCGUUUGUCACGAAAAAACGACACAGUUGAUUCUGAGCCCACCCCUCGUGAAUCACGUAAAAAUGACACGGUUGACACCGAGUCCCCCAUUCAAGAAUCACGGAAAGACUCUGUUGAUUCUGAGUGCCACGCUCGUUUGGCACGGAACAACGACACGGAUGAUCUGAAAUAUCUCACCCGUGAAUCACGGAAAGACAACACUGUUGAUCCUGAGUCUCCAGUUCGUAAAUCACGAAAAGGCUUUGUUGUUUCCGAAUCACACGCUCGUGAUUCACGAAAAGACGACACCGAUGAUCCCGAGUCCCCCGUUCGUGAGUCCCGAGAGGACGACACCGAUGGUACUGUGUCUCUGCCGCGCGAUUUACGUGCCAGCUCGGCCAAUGCGGACUCGCCGGUGGCGGAGUCGGUGUCCCAGUGCCGUGAUGAUGCUGACGGUGACAGCACCCAGUUGGGAGACGUUUGCCAGUCCCCAGCUGUCGCUGGGGCGACCACAGAAGACGACGACUCAGCUCCGACAUAAUGUGCCCUUUGAUAUUGGUGCUGUGUUCCGAAACCGGCGCAUUUGGCUGUUGAUACAUUCUAGAAUUGUAUGUGACGUGACAGGCCACAGUUUUGGACGUGCAGCGUUCUGUAUCUGAGUAUCUGUAGCUGAGUGUCAGUACCUGCAUUAGUGUACGUAUGCAUUUGCAUUUUGACGCGUGUGUUCGUGUAUGUUUGCGCGCCCGUCUAUUGUUGCUAUCUUCUCUACCGCCACAAUUUCUCCGAUGGAUGUGAAUUGUGGCUAAGAGCUUUCAGUACGUGAGUUGUCACCCCGCCCUAUGAAAGAUCGCUCUACCCGGUCUAUGACUGUGAUGGGCCCUUUUGUGAGGGCCAGGUCGUCCCGCCCCGACUGUGAAACUUGCAAUCCAAUGCGUGUGGUGCCAGUCUUCCCUACUUGACUGACCUGUGCCUCGUGUAAGACCCUGUUGGGUCGUCGGGACCGGAUCUCACCAUCGUAGGGUUUAGUCACUAGCGGAUAGGUGCUCACUACGGGACUGUCCGCCGUUGUUCUGUGAUAUAUUGCCGAGGGGCUCUUGUGACCGGCGAUCGCAACUCAACGCUACACACCUUAGUCAUUGUAGUUUUCCCGCCUGAUUUUCAGCUACGCUUGCUCUUUUUUGUCUUAUAUUCGGUAACCUGUUUUUCUUGUAAUGAAUAUUGGCUGGUAGGUAUAGUUUGAUUUUCUUUUUCUUUUUUUGUAUUGCUUUGUCGACUAGGCGUAAUAUGCCACCGGAAAUACCGAUGAAUUGGUUGGCGUAAAAGUCGAAUCUUACUCUGAUCAGCACCGUCUGUGCCGAUCAGACCGUGCUCUGAUCAGAGUAUCUGACUGUAUCAUACUAGCCUUGGUGUUCGUAAAUGUAUGUUUGGUUGUUAUUUUUACAGCCGUGCAAUACAUACUUCAGUGUGCUAA